AUGCAUAUGGAGCCACCAGGCAGGGUUACUAUGUGUACCAGGUGUGGGUCGAGCCAUGGUCGGGGUGACAGCUGCCCAGCGAAGGACAAGCGCUGCAGGAAGUGUAAAAAGAUGGGACAUUUCCAAGCUGUCUGUCGGACAAAACAGGCAAAUGAGGUGACGUCACGACAUGCGAAUGACAGUGGUACGAGUGAGAGCUAUGAUAGGCUAUUCAUAGGAUCAAUCACUCAGGGUCGGGAUGACCCAUGGCAAGUGCAACUGGAAAUUGCCGGCAAAUCGGUGGAUUUCAAAAUAGAUACUGGGGCAGACAUCACCGUCAUGUCAGCAAGAACGUACAGUGGCUUGCAUAACAGACCAGUAUUGAAGCCGACAAACACCAUACUGUCCAGUCCAGGAGGAACACUAACAUGUAAGGGACAGUUUGUGAUGCAGACGAGCCAUACAGGGAAAAUGUACAGCUUUCCAGUGGUCGUACUUACGGGCCCACAGGUUAAUAAUCUGUUAGGUCGACAGGUGGCAUCACAAAUGGGCCUAGUGAAGCGAGUCAACGAGAUAGAUAGAACAUUGUUUGGAGAUAUUGGUUUGUUAAAGUGCGACCCGGUAAAAAUACAGCUGAAAGAAAAUUCCAUACAGUAUUAA